AUGAGUCUGCUGCAAGGUCGAAGAAACCCAAGUCUGUUACUCAAAACUGGAGCCCUUAGCUGGGCAAGGAGAAGGCUUACUUCUUCGUGCGUACACAAUCCGCUUAGUGAUGAGGUGAAUUCUAAAAAAAAAGAAGAAGAAGAAGAAGGUUCAAGCACUUCGCUUGAUAUCAUCUCGAUAAAUCACGCCUUUUUCAAGCAGAUGAACCUUCUGGAUCCUUGAUGAGUGAGUAAGCAAUAA